AUGGGUGCUGAGGAAAAGGUGCUGGUCACACUGUCAGGGGGAGCCCCCUGGGGUUUCCGACUUCAGGGGGGGGCCGAGCAGAGGAAACCCUUACAGGUGUCCAAGAUCCGAAGACGGAGCCAGGCUGGCAGGGCAGGCCUCCGAGAGAGGGACCAGCUUCUGGCCAUUAACGGGGUCUCCUGCACCAGCCUCUCUCACGCCAGUGCCAUGAGCCUCAUCGACGCCUCAGGGACGCAGCUUGUCCUCACUGUGUGGCGGGUGGAGGAUGAGUGUGUGCGCUCUCCAUCCCCGAGUGAACUCCGAGUGCUGUCACCCCUCUCCCCUAUGAGCCCCGAGACCCCCGGGGCUCCGGUUGCCCAGCCUCCUCAGCCCGGGAGCCUCCUGUCGCCCCCUGAUAGCGAGGCUUACUACGGGGAGACAGACAGUGAGCCCGAUGGCCCCGCCACCCAGGAGAAGCCUCGCCGCUCCCGCCGCCGAGGCCCCACGAGGCCCACCCCGCCGGGAGCCCCACCUGACGAGGUCUACCUGUCGGACAGCCCUGCAGAGCCGACGCCUGCUGUCCCUGGCCCCCCCAGCCAGGGUGACAGCCGGGUGAGCUCUCCAUCAUGGGAGGACGGGGCCACCCUCCAGCCACCCCCAGCGGAAGCCCUGCUGUUGCCCCAUGGUCCCCUCCGGCCCGGCCCUCAUCUCAUCCCUAUGGUAGGGCCUGUUUCCCAUCCCGUGGCCGAAGAUCUUACAACCACCUAUGCCCAGAAGGCGAAGCAAGCCAAGCUGCAACGGGCUGAGAGCCUCCAAGAGAAGAGUGUGAAGGAAGCCAAGACCAAGUGCCGGACCAUUGCCUCGCUGCUCACGGCAGCCCCCAACCCCCACUCCAAGGGGGUGCUCAUGUUUAAGAAGAGGCGGCAGAGAGCCAAGAAGUACACACUGGUGAGCUUUGGCUCUGCGGCCGGCACGGGCACGGAGGAGGAGGAGGAGGACGGCGUGCCUCCCACGAGCGAGUCGGAGCUGGACGAGGAGGCCUUCUCCGACGCGCGCAGCCUCACCAACCAGGCCGACUGGGACAGCCCCUACCUGGACAUGGAGCUGGCGGGGCCGGGCCCGGGGGCGCCGCUGAGCGAGGCGUCGGGCCGGGGGGUCCAGCGCGCCGCCUCCGGCUCCGGCGCCCACGAGGCGCCCCGGGAGGGCCUGGCCGCCGCCGCCGCCCCCCGGCCGGCCUCGCCCGCCCCUGCUCGGGCGCACAGUGCUCCCCCCGAGGCGGCGCCGCUUCCGCGCAGCCCCCCGCCCUUCCUCGCGGGCGGCGGCGCCCCCGCCCCGGCGCCCAGCAUCUUCAACCGCUCGGCCAGGCCCUUCACCCCCGGCCUGCCGGGGCAGCGGCCGGCCCCCUCCUCGGUGAUCUUCCGACCCCACGCCCCGAAGCGCGCGAUCGACACCCCGGGGGGGCUCGGCCCCGCGCCACCGCCGUUCGCGUCCCCCGCGCCCUGGGCCGCCGCCGCCGCGCCCAGCACCCCGCGCCCCCCGGGGGGGCCCGUGACGGCCACCAGCUCCCUGUACAUCCCCGCCCCCGCGCGCCCCGUCACGCCGGCCCCCGAGCCCCCCGCGCCGCCGGGCGCCGCGGCCUUGACGUCCACCGCGUCGAUCUUCCUGUCGGCGCCGCCGUCGCGGCCCGCCGCGCCCCCCGCGCCCGCCGCGCCCCCCGCGCCCCCCGCGCCCCCCGCGCCCAGCGCGCGCGAGCAGCGCAUCGCCGUGCCCGCCGCCCGCACGGGCAUCCUGCAGGAGGCGCGGCGCCGCGGCACGCGCCGGCAGAUGUUCCGGCCGGGCCCCGACGACGCCAAGAACUCGCCCAACCCCGAGCUGCUGUCGCUGGUGCAGAACCUGGACGGGAAGGGCCGCGCGGCGGGCGCCGAGUCGGGCCCCGACGACGACGCGCUGAGCCUGGGCGCCGAGGCCUGCAACUUCAUGCAGCCGCCGGGCGCCCGGGGCGGCCCGGCCCCGCCUGCCGCGGCGCCCAAGACGCCGCCGCCCCCGGUGCCCCCGAAGACGCCGCCCCCGGUGGCGCCCAAGCCCCCCUCCCGAGGGCUCCUGGACGGGCUGGUGAACGGGGCGGCCUCCUCGGCGGGCGUGCUGGAGCCGCCGCGGCUUCAGGGCCGGGGCGGGGAGCUGUUCGCCAGGCGGCAGAGCCGCGCCGACCGCUACGUGGUGGAAGCGCCCCCGGGGCCAGGCCUGGGCCGCGGGCCUCGGCCCCGAAGCCCCUCGCCCACCCCGUCCCUGCCGCCCUCCUGGAAGUACUCGCCCAACAUCCGCGCCCCGCCGCCCAUCGCGUACAACCCGCUGCUUUCGCCCUACUUCCCCCAGGCCGCCCGCGCUCUCCCCAGCAAGGCCCAGUCCCCGGGGCCCCAGGGGCCCCCCAAGCAGGGUAUCAAGGCUCUCGAUUUCAUGCGACACCAGCCCUACCAACUUAAAACUGCGAUGUUUUGUUUUGACGAGGGCCCCUCGACUCCCGGCCCUGCCAGCUCCGUGGGCCCCAAAACCGCCCGCGUCCAGGAGAUCCGCCGGUUUUCCACCCCAGCACCGCAGCCCACGGCGGAGCCCCUGGCCCCCACUGUGCUCGCCCCUCGUGCCGCCACCACGCUGGACGAGCCCAUCUGGAGAGCCGAGCUGGCCUCGCUCCCUGUGCUGAGCCCCGUGCCUGCGCCAGAGUCUCCCAGGGGGCUUGGGGCCUCCCCCAGCUCCUGCGGCUUCCAGGUUGCCAGACCCAGAUUUUCAGCCACCAGAACCGGCUUGCAGGCUCAGGUGUGGAGGCCUGGGGCAGCUCAUCACUGCCCCGGCAGCUAGGACCAACGGAGGGCGGCACACCGGGUGUCCAGGGUUCUACCCAUCCCUCCCACUCGCUCUUCAGGCUUCUGGAGGUGAAAUUCCCUCCCGCCGCCCAGAGAUGGCUUUGGAGUUGAUUGUCACAACCCCCAGUUUCCUUCCAACUUCCUGGCCGCUUUCUUCCCUCUGCUUGCUGUACUUUGUCCCCACACUUCUCUUGUCUCUAGUGCUUUGCCUAAUCUCUCUCUCUCUCUCUCUGAAUCCCCACCCAUACCCUUCCAUUGGUCUCUUUCCCCUUACUGGUGCUUUUUCUCUGUUCCUCGUGGUGACAUAUAAUGAGACACACAGAGAAACUACUGCUGACAGCUCAGGCAAGAAAUUCGCAGCAAGAGAGGAGGUGAAGGGACUGAGGUGGCCCUGACAGGCACUAACUGACUUUCUGCUCCUCACUCUUUCCUAAACGUGGCUGGCUUAUACCUUCGUGUGCUUAUUAUACCUAUGUGGCUUCUGCCAGCUGUGCACAGAUGCGAUAUCUGAGGUGAGGGUGAGACGGGAGGUCUAGUCAUGCCCCCAAC